AUGACGAUACUCACCCUCCCCCGACCAGGAGAAAGCUAUGACUCAAAAGCCCCAACAAUUAUAAAAGCCCCAUCAGAACAAACAUUCAUCUCAAUCUUUGGGCAAAUGCUCCCAAAAGCCAUAUACAUAAACACCACGCACGGCUGUGCAGCUUACUACUCUCUGCCCGCCACUGGCAAGAGUAAUGACAACAGUGACAGCACAAUUCAGCGUGUGUUAUUCGUGCACGGCGUCCAAACACCAGCAAUUGGCCUACAGCCACUAGCCAGCACACUUUCAAGGCGGUUCCCAUCCGCGCACUGUGUUCUGGUAGAUCUAUGGGGCCACGGAUUAAGUGAUACACCUAUAUUACCGCAUGAAGCAUCUCUAUUUCACAGUCUACUUAAUGAUUUACUGGAUGAGUUGAAAUGGAAAGAUGCGCAUGUAAUUGGGUAUUCUUUUGGGGGGUCGACGUGUGCCUCGUUCGCCGCUUCAUAUAGCGAGCGUGUUUCUUCUAUGGCUCUUGUUGCGCCUGCGGGACUAGUGAGAUCGGAGACAUUUGGAGAGGUGCAGCAGGCGUAUUUAAGUGGUGAUGGGACCGAGGAAGAAGCGAAAGAUUGGGUGUUUGAGUGGCUUGAGGGUGGUAAAUUGGUUGUGCCUUAUGAUUGGAAGGAGAGGAUCGCGAGGGGGGACAUUGUCGCUGAGGCUGUGAGGGAUUGGGAGGUUAGAGAGCAUGAGGGGCAUGUGGCUAGUGUUGUGGGAAUUGUGAGGGAUGGAGGAGUUCUGGACAAGCAUGGGGAGUUUGUGAAGGCGGCGGAAACGGGGAUUCCUUCUAUAUGUGUGCUUGGAGAGUUGGAUGAUUUGUGCAGUGUUCAGGAUUUGGCUGAAGUUGGGAUGAAGAAUGCUCAGGUUGUGUCGCAAGUUGGGCAUGGGGUUGUUCGACAAAAGGUGCCCGAGGUUGCUGAUCUGAUUGAGAACUUCUGGAAAGGUCUUUAA